AUGUCCCAUGCUUUCUUAAUGCAGGAAAUCAGAGAUGAAGAUGACAUUCAGGUGGAGAGCUCUGACAAGCAUGCUCACCAUAAUGCUCUGGAACAAAAACGUAGGGACCACAUCAAGUGGGACUCAGUACCAUCACCCCAAGGAGAGAAGUCAUCCCGGACCCAAAUCCUAGAAAAAGCAACAGAGUAUAUCCAGCAUAUGCGAAGGAAAAAUUGUACAUACCAGCAAGACGCUGAUGACCUCAAGCAACAGAAUGUUCUUCUGGAGCAACAAGUCAGUGCACUGGAGAAGGCAAGAUCAAGGGCCCAACUGCAGGCCAACUACCCCUUCUACAACUGCCUCUACACCAACACCAAGAGCGGCUCGAUCUCUGCUUUCGAUGGGGGUUCAGACUCCAGCUCAGAGUCUAAACCUGAAGAGCCCCAGAGCAGGAAGAACCUCCGGACUGAAGCCAGCGAAGCCAUGUCAUGA